AUGGGUUUCACCGAUCUCGUCUCCGAUGCUGGUCUGACCAUGCUCAACAGCUGGUUGACCACCCGAUCGUACAUCGCCACCUACUCUCCCUCCCAAGCCGAUGUCGCCUGCUUCAAGGCCAUCAAGUCUGCCCCGGACGCCUCCAAAUUCCCCCACGCCGCGAGAUGGUACAAGCACAUCGCCUCUUUCGAGGACGAGUUCGCGACCCUACCCGGUGAUGGCUCCAAGGCCUACACCGUCUACGGACCUGAGAAAUCCGAGGUCACUCUGAACCCUGCCAAGGCGCCGGACGCCGCCGAGGACGAGGAGGUCGACUUGUUUGGCAGCUCCGAUGAGGAGGAGGACGCCGAGGCCGUGCGAAUUCGUGAGGAGCGCCUGGCUGCGUACAAGGAGAAGAAGGCGGCCAAGCCUAAGACCACCGCCAAGUCUGUUGUCACCUUGGACGUCAAGCCUUGGGAUGACGAGACUGACAUGGCUGCCCUUGAGAAAUCGGUCCGAGGAAUCGAGAAGGACGGUCUGGUUUGGGGUCUUUCCAAGCUGGUCCCUGUUGGUUUUGGUAUCAAGAAAAUGCAGAUCACGCUAGUUGUCGAGGACGAUAAGAUCUCCCUCGAGGAGCUUGAGGAGGAUAUCGUAGGCUUCGAGGACUACGUCCAGUCAGCGGACGUUAUUGCCAUGCAGAAGCUGUAA